AUGCCAUUCCAAAUAGCCCGAAUCUUUGUCCUCCUUCUUGUCUCUACGUCUGCAAUGGCCUUACCACUUGAACUUGAAGGACGCGAUCCAGAGUUUAAGACUCGCGGAAUGAUUAUCAAGAGGCAAAACAAGGACAAUUUAGUGGUCACUGAUACCAAGGUCCCCGUGAUCACAUCCGGUGUCAUCAAUGAAAACAAGCUCACAUCCACCACUGACGCAAACAAGCCGAAGAAUCCGAAGGUUAAAGGCACUCAACCCGGAACAUCGGAUAAUAUCCCAAAGACCAACCUGGACAAAACCGUCCCACCCCCGGACACCCCCCCUCCAGCAGUCCCACCGCCCGUCACAGUCCCCGGAACAACCCCUGAUAGCCCCAACACCAAGCCCAAGAAAACCCCUGAGGAGAAGGAACAGGAACGGCAGGCAAAGAUCGCUAAACACAAGAAGAAAAUCAUCGAUUUGAAGAAUGAUAUCAAGAAGGAGGAGGAAAAGAUCAAGAAGCUUGAAUCAGUUGAGUCACUUGCAAAGGAGAUUUAUAUGCUAUCUGAGGGCAAGGAUGACAAGAAGAAGCCAGCCGGCAAUUCUCAAAAAGAUUCGGACAAGAAGGAUUCUCCCAAAGAGAAAGGAACCGGCGGGUCAAGCUCGUCUAACAACAAAACAAGCUUCAAAGUUGCCGUCCCAAACGUGGCUCCCUUAGCCUAG